AUGUUAUCAUCAUUCAGAACCACCGCUAGAAGUUUACCAAACUCAAUUAAAUCAAUUACUAGUGUUAGAACUAAAGUUUCCUUACCAGAUUUAGAUUGGGACUUUGGUGCUUUAGAACCACAUAUCUCCGGUCAAAUCAAUGAAUUACAUUAUACUAAACAUCAUCAAACUUAUGUUACUGGUUACAACACUGCCAUUGAACAACACGCUGAAGCUCAAGCUAAAGGUGAAGUUAAAAAAACCAUCGAAUUACAAAAAAACAUUAAUUUCCAUGGUGGUGGUUAUACUAACCAUUGUUUAUUCUGGAAGAAUUUAGCUCCUGAAAAACAAGGUGGUGGUGAACCUCCAAGUUCAGGAUCUGACUUAGCCAAAGCUAUUGAAAGUCAAUAUGGAAGUUUAGACAACUUAAUCUCUGUUACCAACGGUAAAUUAGCCGGUAUUCAAGGUUCAGGUUGGGCUUUUAUUGUUAAGAAUAAAGAAAAUGGUGGUAAAUUAGAUGUUGUUACUACUUAUAACCAAGAUACUGUUACUGGUCCAUUAGUUCCAUUAGUUGCUAUUGAUGCUUGGGAACAUGCUUAUUACUUACAAUACCAAAAUGUUAAAGCUGAUUAUUUCAAAGCUAUUUGGAAAGUUAUUAACUGGAAAGAAGCUGAAAACAGAUUUUUAGUUAACUAA